AGGAGCGGAAACCAGUUACUCUAGCCGGCCAUCAGGGACAACAACAACUGACCAAAGACGAGGAAUAGAGGCACCGAAAGCGCGGCUUGUGAUGGUUGAAGAAAUUAGCACCGAUCGUCGAUCAUUAGCUCGGGAACGGUGGCAACGCAAACACACGAUCGGCGGCAGCGCACAACUCGACGGAAAACUCGAAUCGAAUCGAAAAACUCAAAAAGCGAAACGAGACACAAGGGAUAAACUCACGCGCUUCCUCUUCGCACCUUGAAAAUCUCAUCCAUUCGAGAGUGGAAUUGUUCUCAGAUCCGCGACCAAUUAAAGUGAUCCUUUGAGACAGUUGUGAACGUAAAAGUGCGGGCUUUGGGAGUGUUUUAAGCUUAACUGAAAUCUGAAAACUAAUUGAAGCUGAGACCACGAGGAGCUCUUCCACUGGAUUAUAUCGAGAACGCCGAAUUGCGGCGGGGAAAAGGUUUCCAAAUAUCUGACAUGACCACAUCGCACAUCUUGUCCGCCGUGGAUCCAACAACCGGACUCAGUGGCAAUGUGUCGGGCGGCGGAGGAGGAGGUGGAGCUGGAGCUGGCGCUGCCAACGGAGGCAGUGGCUCGCCGCAGCAUGUGACCCACAAUGGACACGGACACGGACAUGGCCACGGAUUGGGUGGCGUGGUGGCGGUGGCUGCGGGCGGCAGUGUCAGCGCCUCCGGCAAUGGCGGCCAUCGGGUUGUGGGUGGUGCCAGCAGCCCCAGCGAACUGGAUCGUAACCUGCGCGUCUCCCUAGACGACCGGGAGCUGUGGCUGCGCUUCCAGAAUCUCACCAAUGAGAUGAUCGUCACCAAGAAUGGCAGGCGCAUGUUUCCCGUGGUGAAGAUCAGUGCCUCAGGUCUGGAUCCCGCUGCCAUGUAUACGGUGCUGCUGGAGUUUGUCCAGGUGGACACACACCGAUGGAAGUACGUCAACGGGGAGUGGGUCCCUGGUGGCAAAGCUGAGGUUCCUCCCUCAAAUCCCAUCUAUGUACAUCCCGAAUCUCCAAAUUUCGGAGCCCAUUGGAUGAAGGAACCCAUUUCCUUUGCCAAAGUUAAGCUCACCAACAAGACCAAUGGCAAUGGACAGAUAAUGCUCAACUCUCUGCACAAAUAUGAACCGAGGGUGCAUCUGGUGCGCGUGGGUUCCGAGCAGCGGCAUGUGGUGACCUAUCCCUUUCCAGAAACACAGUUCAUUGCGGUGACAGCCUACCAAAACGAGGAGGUCACCUCGCUCAAGAUCAAAUACAAUCCUUUUGCAAAGGCCUUCCUCGAUGCCAAGGAGCGACCGGACACGCUUUAUCCACAUGACACCCACUAUGGCUGGCUUAUACCUCCGCCCACGCACUACACCACCGCUGCUGCUGCUGCAGUGGCCGCUCCUCCACCGCUACCCAUUGCGCAGAGUCAUGGCCUGGUGGGUUCCUGUCCCAGCGUAUCCUCCGCCGCGUCAGUGGGUUCAUCUUCGAGUGCCACUUGUGAUCGUUAUGGACGUUCGCUUUCUGGACGUAGUGCGGCUCCUACACGCAGCACUCCUUACAGCCGGCCAAGAGUGGUCUCCGGGUCGGGUUCCAAUGGAAGUGUGGGCAAUGCCUCCUCCACAUCACCGCAACCGCCUUCGGCACCGCAGACACCGACCAGCCUGCACUCCUCGUCGACGGGUUCGGUGAGCACCAGUGUGAGCAGCAGCAGCGGCAGCACGGGCGGCAUUGGAUCCACAGCCAGCGCCGGCUGCUUCAGCAGUUCCUACUCGCAGUCCGGCUUUAUGCCGGUGGAGGCCAGUCCUACGGCCUCGGUGUUCUCGUAUCCCAGCAGCUGGCAGAGCAAUGGAAACUACUGGAAUGCCACCAGUGUGCCAGGACCAAUGCCCAUGAAUGUGUGCAGUGGCCGCAAUAUCUCCUCCCACAACUCUCCGUCUCCCACGAAUGGUUCACCCAGCUAUACAACCUCCUCGCCCAGCUAUACCAUCCACCACCUGACGCCGCACAGUCACCAGUACAACAUGGCCCAGACGGACAUCUAUGGCACAGGAGUGGGUGUUGGAGCCGGUGUAGGAGCGUCGGGAUCUCCUCAGGCUGCGUAUGGAGCUGCAGCGCACCAGGUGUAUCAUCCCACGCCAACCUCACCCACCCAUCAGCUGUACACGAAUGCUGUGCUUAAUGCUCCCUCGGCCUUGAGUUAUCCCGCCAGUGGAUGGCACAACGGUUCUGGGGCAGAGUACGGUCUGUACCAGAAUGCAGCGGCCGCUUACUACCAGCCGGAGUACAUUCCCCUGGAGAUCGGUUACGCCGCCCACCCCCUGGAGCCUGUAGACGUUUCGAAGACACUGGACGAUCCGCAGGCCGCCAUGUACAAGCCGAGCGAUGAACAGAGCUCGAUUGUCACUUUGGAGUGUGCCAGUUCCGGCCUGAAGAUAGCCCAUAAUGACAUCAAGAUCGAGACACCAACGCUGGACCACUCGGUGGAGCGGGGAGCUGUGUCUGGAGCUGUACUGCCCACCGCUGUGGUAACCGGAGCAGCCACCGUAAGUGCCGACACCUGGACGCCCCUCACACCGCCCCAGAGCACGCUGCAGUGAUUGGAUGGGAAGGAUCAGGCCUUCUUCCCCAGCCCUUAGACGCAUGACCCCCAUGGAUGUUCGAUCGUUUUAGACUUAAACCCUGUAUGUUAGUAACGCUAUUAGUAAUGCACUCCCAAACGCAAUAUCGCACUUGUCGUAGAAUUAUCUAUAUGCUGUACAACAAUCUCCUAUA